UAACUUUUUUGUCAUUCACCCUUUGGUUGGGCAGAAUCAGACAUCGAAAAUCAAAUUUUUGCGUAAUAAUUUAAAGAUUGAAACAUGUCUUACCAAAUGCUGGACAAAAAGGUGCUGCAGAGCGUCAAGGAUGUGGCCCACAAGCUGCGCAUUCACUCGAUCACCUCCACGCAGGCGGCCAAGUCCGGCCACCCCACGUCCUGCGCCUCCCUGGCGGAGAUCAUGGCGGUGCUGUUCUUCCAGACGAUGCGCCUCAACCUGAAACAUCCCCGAGAUCCUUCCAGCGACCGACUGGUGCUAUCCAAGGGCCAUGCCGCUCCCAUUCUGUACGCAGCCUGGGCGGAGGCGGGUCUGUUUCCCGUGGAGGAGCUGCGCAAUCUGCGCAAGGUGGACAGCGACCUGGAGGGGCAUCCCACGCCGCGUCUGAACUUCAUCGACGUGGGAACCGGCUCUCUGGGCCAGGGCAUCGCCAUAGCCGCCGGCAUGGCCUAUGUGGGCAAAUAUCUGGACAAGGCCGAGUAUCGGACGUAUGUGAUCGUGGGGGACGGCGAAUCCGCCGAGGGAGCCGUGUGGGAAUCUCUGCACUUUGCUGCCCAAUACAGUCUGGACAACCUAUGUGUGAUCUUUGAUAUAAACAAGAUGGGCCCGAAUGACAUGGCCAUGGAAAUGGAGGUCUACCGGGAGAGACUGGAUGCGUUCGGUUUCAACACUUUGACAGUGGAUGGUCACGAUAUUGAUGAGCUGAACAAGGGCUUUCACAAUGCAGCCAACUGCAAGGAUAAGCCCACUGCUAUCCUGGCCAGAACCACCAAGGGCAAGGAUUUUCUUGCCGUCGAGGGAUGCGAGGAGCUGCAUGGACAGCCGCUGGGCAAGAAGGCGGAGGCUGCCAUCCAGCAUCUGCAGUUUCUGAUCUCCAAUCCCAAUGUGCGUUUAUCACCUAAGAAAAUGGGCAAGUGCGGCCGCGCUCCCGAGGUGAAUAUCACCAACAUUAUGCUGUGCGUUCCGCCCAAUUACCGCCUGGGCGACUCGGUGGCCACCCGCCUGGCCUAUGGCACAGCUCUGGCCAAGAUUGCGGCAGAUAAUCCCCGGGUAAUUGCCCUCGAUGCCGACACCAAGAACUCUACGUACGCGGACAAGAUGAGGAACGCCUUUCCAGAGCGCUUCAUCGAGUGCUUUAUAGCCCAGCAAAAUCUGGUGGGUGUGGCCGUGGGUGCCACCUGUCGUCGUCGCACCGUGGCCUUUGUGUCCACCCAUGCUACCUUCUUUACGCGAGCCUACGACCAGAUCCGCAUGGGCGCCAUCUCGAACACCAAUGUGAACUUUGCAGGCUCCCACUGUGGCUGCAGCAUCGGAGAGGACGGACCCUCGCAGAUGGGACUGGAGGAUAUAGCCCUGUUUCGCAGCAUUCCCGGCAGCACGGUCUUCUAUCCCACGGACGCCGUGAGUGCCGAGCGGGCCGUAGAGCUAGCCGCCAAUACCAAGGGCGUGUGCUUCAUCCGCACCACCUAUCCGAGCACCAGGGUCAUCUACAAUAACGACGAGGUGUUCGCCGUGGGUCGGGCCAAGAUCGUGCGCCAGAAGCCCUCGGACGAGGUGCUGCUAAUCGGAGCCGGGGUCACCCUCUACGAAUGCCUGGAGGCUGCCGAGCGGCUGGAGGAGGACUGCAUCACGGCCCGUGUUCUCGAUCCGUUUACGGUGAAGCCCCUAGAUGUGAGCCUCAUUGUGACGCACGGAAGGCUCUGCAAGGGCAGGGUCGUUGUGGUGGAGGAUCACUACCAACAGGGCGGAUUGGGCGAGGCCGUGCUCAGUGCCUUGGCCGACCAGCGGAACUUUGUGGUCAAGCAUCUGUAUGUGCCCACUGUGCCACGAUCGGGUCCAGCCGCCGUGCUCCUCGACAUGUUUGGCAUAUCCUCCAGGAGUAUUUACAAGGCCACCAUGUGCAUUAUGAAAAAGUGAGUCUCCUGAGCUGAGGCAAAAAUUUAAAGUAUAUUUUAGUCAAUCAUUAACUUUAAACUAACGAAAAUGCACGGUUAAAGAAAUUUUAAUAUUUGGACAAUCCGCAAAAUUCAUAAUACAUAUACAUUUAUAUUAAAUAUAAACGGAGUAACUA